AUGUCCUCGAACAAAUCUCUCAAAGCCAUCCAAUCUGCUUUCAGCAAUAUUAACCACAUAACCUACUGCAGUGGUGCGGUAUCACUCACUGAAACGACGUCAAAGCUUUACUACACCACCAUCAACGGAUCCGAAGGAAAAAUCGAUUUCAGCAAGCCGACAGAUGAUCAACUGGCCGCUUUAGCUGGUUCGUGUCAAAAGGCCACAUUCGGCGUCGAGAAACAGGACGUCUUGGACGAAACCUAUCGCAAGGCUGGCAAGUUGGACGCCACCCAGUUUGCCAUAAAUUUCUCUCCUUUGACUGGCGGCAUUCUCGAUACCAUUCGGGACUCUCUUCUAGGCUCACAGAUUGAGGGUAACUCUAUUGAGGUUGAGUUGUACAAGCUCAAUGUAUACGGCCCCGGAUCAUUCUUUAAAUCCCAUGUAGACACCCCGCGUAACGAGAAUAUGUUUGGAUCGUUGGUUGUUGUGCUGCCAACCGUUCACGAGGGAGGAUCCCUGAUCGUUCGACACGCGGGAAACGAGCAAGUGUUCGAUACCGCACUGGCAGUGCGCUCAGACAAUAUUCCCAAAGCCGCAUUUGUUGCCUUUUACAGCGAUGUAGAACACGAAGUGACCCUUGUUACCUCUGGCUACCGUGUCACCCUCACUUACAACUUGUAUCUGACAAAAACCUCGAGCAAACCCCUGAAGCCGCUUUCGAUGACUGCCGACUACAUUGAAAAACUCAAACAGUCGUUAGCCGCCCUCCUGGCCGAUCCAAACGUGCUUCCUAAUGGCGGUCUAUUAGGGUUCAGUCUGGCUCAUCGUUACCCCAUCGAUCCCAAAAAGACCGAACUCUCUAACCUCAUUGAAUGCCUCAAAGGAAGCGAUGCCGAUACCCUGAGCAUCUGUAAAUCCCUUUCAAUCGACGUCUCCCUCAAAGCGAUCUACUAUCCCCCCAAAGGAUAUAGGACGGGCUCUUGCCUUGUGGACCAAUUUGUCGACUUUCAGGAUUGUCUAUACGAAGAUGACAUCGUCGAAUAUCUUGCCCAUGCGUACAAUGCCAAAGUAAUUCACCACAAAUACAUUAAAUGCACCCCAAUCGUAUGGAUCAAGAAACCCGCCAAGUCCAAUUUUUUCAAGACAAACUACCUUGCCCAUGGAAACGAGCCUGCACUCGAGUUCACAUAUGCAGAUGUUUGUCUCGUGGCUAACAUAGACUCUGCGGCAAAGAGGAAUGUCAAAUAG